AUGGGAUCUGGUGCAAUAAUCAGCAGGCUCAAUACUGUCUACCAACAGGUAGGGCUUCCGACAGGUGGAACUUACCCGUGGUGGUACGCAGUGGGUGACAAGGCACGUCUUGCUGGAAGGGAGUUCCAAGCCGAUAUUCUUGGUCAUGGAAUGUCAUAUACUGGUACGCAAAGCUACACUAGAGCAAUUGAGGGAACUUUCGAUGAGAAGAGGCAAGCAAAAGAAACUAUAUGUUCAGCAAACUUAUAUUCUAUUGGAAAUGAAGAAACAGAAGCAGCGAGAAUUCGAAUCGAUGCUGCUUCAACCAGCGACAGACCUGCUGAUCUCAUCAAAACACCCGAACUUGAAGAUCAAUUCGUCGAGUACAAGGAUGAGGAGGAAGACGAGUUUUAUGCUGCUGCAAAAGGCUUGACAGAUGAUGUGGCAAUCAACAGGAUGGCAAUCGUUUUCCAACUGUAA